UCGUUCUCUUCAGUCAUUCACUCUCCUCCCUCGCUCCACUCUCUCCUCUCCUCUCCGACCCACUUAUCGCCCACACAUGCAAUCCCAUCGCGGCCCCGCCACGCUGCGCCGCGGCAGCCAGAGCGAAGAGCACGCCCUCAGCCCCGCGCAAAAGCAGACAGUGCACGAGUGGGAGCUCAAGCACGGCGUCGUGCCGCUCGACGCGGCGCACCCGCACGCGGCGGUAGAGGAGAAGAUGGCCGGGGCCGAGAAGCGUGGGCCGGUCGCCCCCCGCCGCGGAAGCAUGGUCGAGAGCGCGCCACUCAGCCCCACGCAGGUCGCUACCGUGCACGAGUGGGAGCUCAAGCACGGCAUCGUGAUGCUCGAGUCGCGCGAGACGAUGGAAGUAGAUGCGGCUUGAUGAAUGCGCAAAAAAAAAAGAGAAGGAAAGGAGGUAAGACGAAGACGGCCGGAGAAAUGACUGGAUGUGCUUCAUAUACGUCUACAACUGUCUGUAAUGCCACUGCCACCCUACCUGGUGCCCAAAUGUACAAGUGAACCUCCGAAU